UUGGCAUUAACCAAUGACUGAUUAGUGAUAAAAUUAAUUUUCAUGUAGGCUCCUCUGGUAAUAUUAUAUACUAGAAAAUAAUUCGUGAAGUGAUCGUUGACAUGAAAUAAUUUGAGAUUAAACUUCAGGUUAUAUCCUGCUAUGCCCCUCUCUGUUGCUCCCACACCUCACCCCUGCAAUCCCCUUUCUACUUUCCUGGCUGCUGCAGUUACUCCAGGUUCUGUAGAUGUCGGAGGACUUGGAGCCAAGAGCCUCAGAUGCAAGAGAACAUGUGGCUGUUGUCUCUCUGGGUUUGGUUUCCCACACUGUAGGAUCUUUUCAAGUUGCAUCCAUUUACCAGGCCUGACCAUGGAGAAAAAUGUGUAGGCUGUGGCUGGAUGGAGAGAUUGGACAUCUCAGGUGUUUGGGUUUAACCCAAGAAAUAUAUAUAUGUCUUAGAGCUCAAAAUUUUAAACAUCUCCUAUAUUAAUAUUCAAAUGUUCUUUUGAUGUUGUAUAUGGGAAACCUGGAUAGACAUAUAUAAUUGAAAAGACUGCAAGAACAUUUUUAUAUUCAUGUGUCUAUCAAAAUGAAUAAUUUUAAAACAAAGAUUUUUAUAGAAAUCUUUGAACUUUUGUUAUUUGAAUUGAUAGUUUAAAGGUGUUUCAAUAAUUUAUGGUGGUAGCAAUUUUGCCUAACAAUUUUAUAUAUUUGGAAUAUUUUGAAUAAACAGGCUUUUUCAAUAUUGCAAUGACUUACUAGUAUAUUUUAAAUUAUUUCUGUACUUCUUAAUAACAAUUGCUGUGACCAUUAGAGGUAUAAAUGACAGAAAUCUUCAAAGACUUCUCACGUCUAGUGGAAAUCAGAGUCAGUCCAUGUGAUUUAGGGUGUUUGGCUCAUUAAGGGAGUUUAUCAGACCCCCUUGCCUUCUUUCCCCACUGCAGCAUCAGAUCCAGGUACCUUCCUAAAGGUGGACAUUUUAUUUUCUUUGAAUGUUAUCCAAGGUUUAUUUUAACAGAGAACACACUUCAUUUACUCCUAAGAUGAGUGAUGAGGAGAUCACUUAUGCAACUGUGAGAUUUCAUAAGUCUUCUUCAGAGUUGCAGAAUGGAGGAAGGUCUGAUGAGACUCAAGAGCCCAGAGAAGCUGGCCACAGAGAGUGUUCAGUCCCUUGGCACCUCAUUGCAAUACCUCUGGGAGUCCUUUGUUCCAUUCUGCUGGUGACAGUUGCAGUGUUGGGGACACACAUUUUUCAGUAUAGUCAAGAAAAACAUGAAUUGCAGAGAACUCUAAAUAAUCUCCAUCAAAAGUACAGCACCAUGCAAAAUGACAGCUACUUAAGGGAAGAAAUGUUGAGAAAUAAGUCUAAAGAGUAUCAUGCCCUCAAAGACUAUCUGGACUCCCUCAACAGAGAGCAGAACAAAUGCCAUGGGGACACUAAAGUUGUUUUAGAUUGCAUACAGAGCACAGAAUUUUUACCAUCUACCUUCUCUGUUAUAGGCAAACACGUUGAAGGACGCUGGUUCUGCUGUGGCAUAAAAUGUUAUUAUUUCAUCAUGGACAAAAACCUCUGGAGUGGAUGUAAACAGACCUGCCGGGACUGCAGCUUAUCCCUUUUGAGGAUAGAUGAUGAUGAUGAACUGAAGUUCCUAAAGUCCCAUCUUACUACAGAUAAUUCCUGGAUUGGAUUAAAAUAUGAUGAAAGGAAUUGUAAAUGGCAAUGGAUUGGCGAUGGCCCAUCUAAAGUGUGAGUUUCCUGAGCCCUCACACACUAACUCUGGUACACUGUUGGGAGGAUGGUGUGCAAAGACUUUUCUCUCAUUUCACAAUGCUUUCCUCAUUUACAAUGGAGCUCAGGGAUAAGGACAAGAUGCAUUAGAUAGUGUUUGAGCAAGUGCUAGGCUGUCAAAUGUUAAUGGACUGGACAUUGUUAAUGUAAUUCUUGACUGUAUAUAUUGUAUAUACUUCCUGUACUUAUUGUAUAUAGUUUUUUAUAUUAGUUAUAACCUUCUUUUAUUAUUUUAGACAAAAAGGGGAAAUGAGGUGAUAUAUUGUGUACCCUAAUAAACUUGCCUGAGGAUCAGAGGACAGAGCCAGCCACUAGAUUAGACAGAGAGGUCAAGCAGUGUGGCACACAUUUUUAAUCCCAGCACUUGAGAUCUCAUGCCUUUGCUUGGGAAGCAUAUACACCUUUAAUCCCAGGAAGUAAUGGCAGGGUAGAGAAAGGUAUAUAAGAUGUAAGGAAACAGGAACUCACUCUCUUUAGGUUGAGGAUUUCAUAGAGGUAAGAACUAGUGGCUGACUGCUCUGCUUCUCUGAUCUUUCAGCUUUCACCCUGAUAUCUGGCUUUGGGUAUUAUUUUUUAAAUUAAAAACUCAUCUAAGAUACUAACAAAAAGUUUGUUGGUGUUCUGUAAUCUUCUUGUACCUUUAUAGUUAUUUCAUUCUUAGGUUGGAAACAUUUUCUUCUAUGAUUUUGCUGAUUAUAUUUUCUGGGCUUUUGAGGAGGGGUUCUUCUCCCUUUUCUAUUCCUAUUACUCUUAAAUUUGGUCUUUUCAUAGUGUUCCUGAUGUUUUUAGAUUAAAUAUUUUCUUUGACCAAUGAAUCUAUUCCCUCUAUUGUAUCUUUAACAUCUCAGAUUCUCUCUUCUAUCUCUUAUAUUCUGUUAGUGAUGCUUGCAUCUCUAGUUCCUGUUCGCUUAUCCAGAUUCUCCAUUUCCAGAAUUCCCUUAGUUUGUAUUUUCUUUAUUGUUUCUGUUUCCAUUUUCAGGUCUGGAACAAUUUCAUUUGUUUCUGUUAACUGAUAGUUUUUUUCCUUGGUUUUCUUAACACUCUUUAAGAGAUUUAUUGAUUUCCUCCAAUUAUUUUAUUUGUCUUUUCUUCUAUUUCUUUAAGCCAGUUUUUCAUUUUAUCUUUAAGGACCUCUAUCAUCUUCAUUAAGUUAUUUUUACAGUUGUUUUCUUGUGUUUCAGGUGCAUUGGAAUGUUCAGGUCUUGCUAUUGCAGGCUAUCUGGAUUCUGGUGGUGGCAUAUUGCCCUUUCUGUUAUUGAUUGGGUUCUUACAUUGGAGUAUAGGCAUCUGAAUUUGGGGUGAUUAUAGGUCUAGAUGUUGAUUCCUGCAUUUGUGUUUGUUGGAUGGGUGUUUUGUUCCUUUGUUUUCUAUUUCAUCUCUUGCCUUCUGGCUAAUUGGCCAAGUGUUCUGAUGACUGGAGAGUCUUCAGGUGCAGUAGUGAGCCUCCACUUGGGUUUUUUGGGCCUCUGUCCCUAGGUCCAGCUUGGCUUCCAGUGUAGCUGAAGUCUUCUUUCAAAGUUGUAGGCCAGAAUAUGGAGCCCAAGCAAGGCGGUGCUAGUCUUAGGACUGGUGUGGACUGUACCUCGGCCUAUGGAGUCUGCUGGAGUUGUGGGAAAGGGCUGGCCACGGGAAGAAUGAUGAGCUGGAGGGGUUGUGUGGAGGAAUGGAUGUUAGGGGAACAAAAUCCACGGGAUGAUGACAGUCCAGCUGGCUGGCUGGUCACUCACUGGAUAGACCACUGGUGAGGACUGUACCAGAAGAGUAGUGGAAUUUCACCUGAGUUGGGAACAGGGCCCAGCAGUAGUGCUGGUGCUCAGAUAGGAGAUGGAGGUGCAUGGGAUGUGCCCUGGGCUAUAGGGUCUGGAGAUUGGGGCAGUUCAGCUGGGAGGCCAGUCACUCACCUGUUCUUCCAACUGGUGUGUGCUGUACCCGGGUCUGUGGAGUCUGCUGAAGUUGUGGGGAAGGGCUGGCCACAGGGAGGAUGAUGAAGUGUAGGGGUUGGGAGUGGAAUAGGUCUUGGGUAAACAGAAUCCAGGAUGUAACAGCAGACCAGCUGGAAGGUGAGUCACACACUCCCUAGUUGACUGAUGGGAACUUCUUUCUUGUUUUUAAUAAAGAUUCAUGUCAGUCAGGCUUGCCUUGAACUCCUGAUCAUUCCGUCUCUAUCUCUCAGUUUCUGGGACUAUAAGCAGGUAUGACUGUGCCUUUCCUGUCCUUUAUCUCUGGAAAGGUAUCAACCAUACUUAUUUAACACAAAUUAGGUAGUAAACCUAGUAUCUGAAGUUCUAUAGUUUAAUGUACUAUUUCUGUGGAUGUUGCUCAUGAUGCCAUUUUUUUUUGUGGUAUUUACUGAGUUUCUUCUUCAGCUGCUGUAGAAACUGUCUGAAGCAAUGGUAUUCACAAUGGUAACUUUCUCAGGAACCUUUCAUUCUGUGUCUGGGCACAUAGCAGGUCUGGCUUACUUCUAUCCUAAAUGUGGCGCUGUCAGUGUGGACAGUUGUGUUCCAAAUCUGCCGGAAGAUAAAUUUACUCGCUCUCCUCCAAAGAUACUCUCAAACAGCCUGUCACAGAGGUGGACAGGCUGUCACAGAGGUGGUCAAAAAGAGAAGGCCUUAUGGGGUGUAUGCACACAGAUCAGUAUUAUUAAUUUUGGUUUUUCUUUAUGAAGUAUCAUUCAUACAGGCUAACUCUGCUAUUCCUAUCUACUUCUCAAGUGCUAGAAUCGAUGGUGUUUACCGUGAAUGGCCACAGAGUUAAUACAUUUGUUUUUAUCCUACUGCACCAUACAGAGUGAAAUGGGCAGGUAGUAACAUUUAGAGCAAGGUGCCAGGAGCUGAAUGGAUGCCGCACCCAGGUUAAGAGACCUUCAUUGUCCUUGACUCUGCUGCAGAACUGUUAUUCUCUGAUGAUGGUGGGAUUACUAGGGCCAGACCUGAGACUUCAGUAAGGAAGCCCAGUGAUCAGAAGUUUUCUGUGGUUUCCACAAGCAUUUUCUCCAGUGGGAAGAUGCAGUAGCUUGGACACCUUUUUCAAUGUUAACAGUGUGGAAGGGAUAAAGAGUAGAAUUGUGUUUAUUUUUUAUUAUAUUUUUUAUUUUUCUGUGAAUGUAUGUGUAUUUGUGUAACCAUGUUAGAGCACAUCUGUAGUUAGAGGGCAAUGUAAUUAGAAGGAGUCACUUCUCUCCUUCUGCUGUGUGGUAUCUGAGGGCUAAAUUCAUGUAGUCACAUUUGGUGGCAAUGGCUUUAUCCAUUGAAUCAUGUGGCCCAGUGGCCCAGGACCAUUUCUCAUGAGUUUAGAAAAAAUAAAAAAAUCUUUAGUAAAUAUUUAAUUAAUUAACCAAUUAAUUCUAUAUUCUGUAUAUUUUGGUCUAUAAGCUUUGUUUUUAAAAUUAUGGUCUGAAUCAAUUUAAGCUUCGUAUUUUAAUAACUGUCCAUUAUGUAUUUUGUUUUAUAGUGAUUUGAGGACAAUAAAAUCAUUGAAGGAACGUAGAGGCUGUGCAUUUCUCAGUUUUUCAGGUAUACAACAUGAUGACUGUGGUAGAACCCACCCCUGUAUCUGUGAAAAGAGAAUGGAUAAAUUCCCAGAUUCAGUGUGCAGAAUGAAGGAAAAGUGAAAAUGGAACAUUUUGUCAUCUUUGUUGGUUUCCUGGGAUAAUUUGUGUCUACUUAAUGGCCAAAUGUCUUAACCACAGGACUCAGUCAAGCAAACAGGGUAAUGGAUGAGCAAGUGAUGAGAUUUUCUUCUGAAACCUGACUUAACACAGCAGAAACCAUCUUACUUCCUGUAAACACAGCAGCUUAUGUCUAGAGAAUGGAUGCCAUUUGUUCCAAGUGUGCAGUAUCAUUCUCUUUGUUUCUGGAUGACACACAGAUCCAAACACAGAAACUUGAAAAACAGCACACACAUCUCCCUUUUACUAGGAUAAGCCAUUUCUGUGGCCCACUGCUUUCACAUCACAGUUAUGAACUAGGAUGCAGUUGUGGGUUUCUGUUUGUUAGUUGGUUGGUUGGUGUUUGUUAUGUGUGUAUGUAGUGUUAUUACUUUGUAUGUAGAAGAAUUUAUUUUUCAAAAAACAUUUCUUUGCUAUAAAAUAUAUUUCCAGAUUUGACUAAUAGUUGCCAGGAUAGUUCAAAGAACUCAUACAACCAUCCAUAGUCCUUAUGUGUUCUCAUCCUCUCUCUGUCUCUUUCUCUGUCUCUGUCUCUCUCUUCUCCCCCUGUGUCAUUCAUUUGCUCAUAAGUAGAGACCACAUAGAUACAGUAAUAUUAAUUGAGGCCAGCUGGAUGCCAUGGCUCAAACUUAUAAUCUUAUAGGUACACGAGUUUGGGUACAGCCUAGAUCGCAUAAUAAGUUUGAAGUUAUUGUGGGCUACAGAGUGAGACUGUUUCAUGAAGCAUAAUAAUAAUGAUGACAGUAAUAAUAAAACUAAACUAUCCAUAAAUAUUUCCUAUGGACAAGCAAUUUCUUUUAUAGUAUCAUACUAAAACUGUAAAACUUGAGAAAUUUAGUAUUGACUGAGUAAUAUGAUCUAUUCCAUAACCCAUAUUCAUAUUUUCUGCAUCAUAUCACUAUCAAUAUUUCCACACUUUCACUAUCAUCAGUGAAUUCACUUGUAAUGUCUUUUAGAUCUAAAAUUGUUAUUGACUUAUGAUGUCUGUUUUUGGACCUUGAUAUUAAAAAAAAAUUCAAUUUUUAACUUGUAGUGUGUAUGUAACAAAAUGUGCCCACUCUAAGUCUUGAGCAAUAUGAGUUUUAAAAACUAUGUAUAUCUUUUCAAGAAUCAUUGUGUAUGCUAUUUUUAUGUCAACUUGACACAAGGUAGAUACGAACUUGGUACAGUUGUCUCUGUAGAUUUCCUCAUUAUGACCUUGAUCCCCCUUGCUCAUAUAAUCUACCUCAAGGCCCAGCUAUACCACUCAGGCAUAUACCCAAGGAAUGCUCAAUCACACCUAAAGGACAUUUGCUCAACUAUGUUCAUAGCAGCAUUAUUCAUAACAGCCAGAACCUGAAAACAACCUAGAUGCCCCUCAACCGAAGAAUGGAUAAAGAAAAUGUGGUACAUAUACACAAUGGAAUAUUAUUCAGCAGUAAAAAUCAAUGACAUCAUGAAAUUUGCAGUCAAAUGAAUGGAACUAGAAAAUAUCAUCCUAAGUGAGGUAACCCACACUCAGAAAAACAAACAUGGCAUAUACUCACUCAUAAGUGGACACUAGAUGUAAAGCAAAGGGUAACCAGACUACAACCCACAGCUCCAGAGAAGCUAGCUAGCAAGGAGGACCCUGAGAGGGAUGUGUGGAUCACCUUGGGAAGGGGAAAUACAUGAGAUCUCCAUGAGUAAACUGGGGGUGGGGGGGAAAUAGAGGGAAGAAGGAUGGAGGAUAGAACAUGAAGGAACAGGAUAGUCAUGCUGGAGGAGGGAUGGGGUGGGAAAGCAAUGAAAGAGAUAUCUUGAUAGAGGGAGCCAUGAUGAGGUUAGGGAGAAAUGUGGUGCUAGGGAAAUUCCCAAGAAUCCACAAGGAUGACCCCACCUUAGACUAUUAGCAAUAGUGGAGAGGGUUCCCACCUACCCUGGGAAUCAGAUUGAUGAAUACCCUGUCAUGAUAGUGUCUUCAUCCAAGCACUAGGCUGAGCUCUGGGGGUCUAGUCAAAGAGAGGAAAGAGGGAAUUUUCUUAUUUAGCAAUUGAUUGGGUGGGCCCAGUCUAUUGUAUGUGGUGCCAUGCCUGGGCUGGUGUUUCUGGCUUCCAUAAGAAAGGGGCUGAGCAAGCCAUGGGGAGCUUCCAGUAACCAGUACUCCUACAUGGUCUCUGCAUCAGUUCUGCCUCCUGGUUCUUGCUAAGUUUUUGUGCUUGUCCUGACUUCCUUCAGUGAUGGAUUGUUAUUUGAAAUGUUAGCAAAACAAUUCCCUUCUUCCCCAUGUUGUUUUGGUCAUGGUAUUUCAUCACAGCAGUAGACACCUUAAGAGAACAGGGAAAUUUUUUUUUCCCACUGAAAGUUUUUUUGUGCCCCUUGGCCUCCCCACUUAUGCCCAGGUAAGCAGAUAUAUGCUCUUUUGUACUAUAAAUUAAUAAGGCAUAUUCCAUAGUUUCAUAUAGUAAAUACAGAUUUCUGAUUUCUUUUGCAUUUUUGCUAUUAUUAUUAUUAUUUUUUCAUGAAUCAGUGGUUCAUUGUUUUUGUUACAAAGCACUUUUCUAUUACUCAAAUGUGUCAUAAUAUUUUGCCAUUCAUGUGUGAAUAUAU